UCCCCCCCCUCCAACCCUACAGCUUAUGGAGAUGAGCAGGUGAAGCUGGCGCUGGCCGUGUUCCUGUUCUGUCAGCUGGGGAACUUCUCCAUCCACGUGGCACUUCGGAACCUCCGCCCCGCAGGCUCAAAGACACGGAAGAUCCCAUACCCCACCCGGAAUCCCUUCACGUGGCUCUUCUUGCUGGUAUCCUGUCCCAACUAUACUUAUGAGGUUGGCUCUUGGAUUGGGUUCACCAUCAUGACGCAGUGUCUACCCGUGGCGCUGUUCUCGCUCGUGGGCUUCGUGCAGAUGGCCAUCUGGGCUCAGGGGAAGCACCGCAGUUACCUGCGCGAGUUCCGCGAUUACCCCCCGCUGCGCUCCCCCAUCGUCCCCUUCCUGCUCUGAGGGGACGCCGCCCCCACCCCCCCCCACCACAGGGGGCACCCGAAUGGUGGGGUGGGGGGCUGGGUGAUGGGGGGCACCCGGGUGAUAAAGGAUACCCAGAUAAUGGGGACAUGGGGACGGGUGGGCUCCCACAUUGGGGAUGUUUGGGUGCCAAAGGACACCGAGGUGAGAAGAGACACCCAAGUGACAAGGGAUGUCGGGGUGACUGGGGACACCUGGGUGACAAGGGACAUUGGGGUGACUGGAGACAUCACCUGGGUGACAGGGGACACUUGGGUGACCAAGGACAGCGGGGUGAUAGAGGACACCUGGGUGACAGGGGACAUUGGGGUGACAGGGGACAUUGGGGUGACAAAAGCCCCCCAGGGUGACAGGGUGACACACAGAGGACCCCGCGCUGUGGUGGUGGAUGGGGUCACGGUGUCACAUCCCACAUGGUCACCCACGUGUGACCGUCACCAAUGGGGCUGGGUUCCAUUCAUUGAUGGGGCUGGGUUCCAUUCAUUGAUGUUCCCAUUGGGUUCCAUUCAUGGAUGGUCCCAUUGGGUUCCAUUCAUUGAUGGUCCCAUUGGGUUCCAUUCAUUGAUGGUCCCAUUGGGUUCCAUUCAUUGAUAGGGUUGGGUUCCAUUCAUUGAUGGUCCCAUUGGGUUCCAUUAAUGGAUGGUCCUAUUGGGUUCCAUUCAUGGAUGGUCCCAUUGGGUUCCAUUCAUUGAUGGUCCCAUUGGGUUCCAUUCAUUGAUGGUCCCGUUGGGUUCCAUUCAUUGGUGGUCCCGUUGGGUUCCAUUCAUUGAUGGUCCCAUUGGGUUCCAUUCAUUGAUGUUCCCAUUGGGUUCCAUUCAUUGAUGGUCCCAUUGGGUUCCAUUCAUUGAUGUUCCCAUUGGGUUCCGUUCAUUGAUGGUCCCAUUGGGUUCCAUUCAUUGAUGUGCCCAUUGGGUUCCAUUCAUUGAUGGUCCCGUUGGGUUCCAUUCAUUGAUGGGGCUGGGUUCCAUUCAUUGAUGUUCCCAUUGGGUUCCAUUCAUGGAUGUUCCCAUUGGGUUCCAUUCAUUGAUGGUCCCAUUGGGUUCCAUGUCAUUGACGUUCCCAUUGGGUUCCAUUCAUUGAUGGGGUUGGGUUCCAUGUCAUUGAUGGUCCCAUUGGGUUCUAUGGGGUCAGUUAUGGGGUCUGACCCCUUAAAGUGACACGUCCCUGUCCGAUGGGGUCACACAUCACCCCUGUGUGGCCUCAUAUUGUCCCUAUGGGGGCUGGGAAUGACCACGUCCCCCCCGUGUGACCCCCACAAAUACAAGACCCCCAUGUACA